UGGCCAGAUUCAGAGAUACCUGGGGUAGAUAGUAGCAGGCUGUUCAUUGUCUUUUACAUAUCAGUUUUUUACAAGCAGAUGUUUAUUACCGGUCAAAGUCUCAAUUUCCUGAAUACUACAUAAAUGGAAAGAAUCAGAUCAAUGUUAGCAGGCUAUGGUUUGCGCCUGAAGUCAGAUGGACAAAAGAAGAACUUGAUGGAGAGAUUUUUCUGAAGAGUGAAGGAUAGGCAAGGGAUGAAUGAGCUGAAUCAAGGGAGUAAUCAAGCUGGCCAUGACUGAAGACAUUCAUAAAGCACAAACAGCUCAUAUUUAAUCGUGAAUUUAUUGGCUGUUAUUUAAGCUUUAAAAGUUGGUUGGAGUAAUUAUUUAUUUGGCACUCCUUGACCUCUCCUACUAAAACUGACAUUAAAAAUGCAGCAGAACUGAAAAAGUUAGACAAAGUGAGGACUUUCAGGACACAUCUAGACAACCGGGAGGUGUUGAAGACCACUCUGGAGGAAGCGGACAGUUGAAUAUAAAACCAAGAGCAGAGUUUUGUGUGAUGAGGCAAUGGAGCCUUCUGGAUCAUUGGCGAUACACAACAAGGGGAAGAUGUACAAGGUGAAGAGGGCACUCGUGGUGAGGAACACAUUGGCUCGAGAAUGCUUGGGUGAGAUCCUGGGCACCUUCGUUCUUAUGUUGUUUGGCUGCGCUGCUGCGGCUCAGGUAAAAACAAGCAGGGAGACGAAGGGCCAAUAUCUUUCCGCCAACAUGGGCUUCUCCGUGGGCGUCAUGUCUGCCAUGUACCUCUGCAGAGGAGUCUCAGGGGCUCACCUGAACCCUGCAGUCUCUUUCAGCUUUUGUUUCCUGGGCCGGCUGCCCUGGAGGAAGCUGCUGCCGUUCAGCCUCUCGCAGGUGCUGGGCGCUUAUCUGGCUUCUGCUGUUGUUUUCAUCAUUUACUACGAUGCCAUAAUGGCGUACAGCGGGGGGGUGCUGACCGUCACUGGGCCCAAUGAAACUGCAUCCAUCUUUGCAACCUACCCCUCAGACAUUCUGUCUUUGUGGAGAAGUUUCUUUGACCAGGUGGUUGGCACGGCGAUGCUGUUGCUAUGCAUACUGCCCCUGGACGACAAACGAAACAGCCCAGCUCCUGAUGCUCUGCUGCCUCCCAUUGUGGGCACCGUGGUCCUGGGCAUCUCCGUUUCCAUGUCCUCCAACUGUGGGGGAGCUAUUAACCCCGCCAGGGAUCUGGGACCCCGGCUGUUCACGCUGACGGCCGGCUGGGGCACCGAGGCCUUCACGUGUUUUAAUUACUGGUUCUGGGUUCCCUUGGUGGCGCCGAUGCUGGGCGGCACAGUGGGAUCCGCCAUGUAUCUGAUCUUCAUCCAGUGGCACCUUCCUGACUCCGACCCUGAGCCGGAUAUGAGCCCGGCUGGCAUCCCGGACACCAAAUACCCAGAAAAACAGCUGGCACCUAUGGAGGAGAAACCAGCAAAGGAGAAGGAGGACUUCUUCUGAUGGAAGAAAUGGUUUAAUGUUGAAGAUGUUGAACAUCUAUUUCUAUAAAAUGUAUACUGCUGCCCAUUCAGAUUCUCGCUGCAUUCGACUUGGAACAUAUAUUAUUAAUGUUGUUGAUGCAUCUUUCUAUUUAUUUAUUUGUUUUUCUUCAAUGUCUAAAAUUUUUCACUGGUGGCUUUUGGAUGUAUCUGAUGGCAUUCAUCUGUAUUGCAUGUGGAAGUGAACAAUCCACCUUGGAUGGGGACAUCUACAUAAAUCUACAUACACAAUCUACAUAAAUGUAUUAAACAAGAAUUACACUGUACUUCGUAAUACUAUCAUGUAUGUGUAUAUAUAUAUAUAUAUAUAUAUAUGUGUGUCUGUGUGUGUGUGUGUGUAUAUAUAUAUAUAUAUAUGCAUGCACACGCACUAAACCAUCCAUCCAUUUUCUGUAACUAGCUGACACCCCUGUUCUAAAGUGUAUGUGAUAUGUAUAUUAAAUCAUGUGUUAAUGUCAGAUGUUAUAGAGUGUUAAACUGAGACGGUUACUAAAAACGUUUGAUUAAAUCUACCUUGAGUAGCUCUUUCUUCCUUGGAAGCAUAAAAUGUCCCCUGCAGCUGUAAGAGGCGUACAUCUUACUUUAUGAGGAGACUUGCCGUGACGCCAACAGACUGGGCAGGCACCCAACGUUAGUGCAAUCAAAGGUGGACUCACAUUGUGGUGCUUCACUUGCAUAAUCAUUUUUGUAUAAAUAAUUUAUGUUGAAGCAUGAAAUUUUUGUGCUUGUUUACUGUUUAUGUCAACAACCCUUGCAA